AUGGCGACGGGGCCGUGCGGCGGAGUUGGGGGGUGGUCGCCACACAACCGCCUGACGGCCUGCUGCGCGCGCGACGCCGUCCUCCUCGCGGGGACGGAGGAGGGCGACGUGGUGGGGUGGGACCUCCGCCGGCGCGAACCCCGCGCCACCGCCGCCGACGCAUGGCGCGCGAACCUCACGGAGGUGGUGCCGAACGGCGUCAGGGUCGCCAUCACCGGGGUCUACGCGCCGCACGCCAUGGCCUUUCUGACCUGCGCCCUCGACGGCUCCGUUGUCUACUGGAGCCGCAAGACGGAGGGUGAGGCGUGGGAAGGGAGGGUUCUAUCCCCCACACCAGGCGUCCACGCACCCGCCCGGGGUCGCGAUGGGCAUAACGAGGUGGCGGUGGGGAAUAGGGAUUUCGCGCCGAGCGGGUCGGGGUGUGUGGCAAUGGCUGGGGAUGGCAAUCUCGCCGCGGUGGUACGCGAGCUGGGAGAACUGGAGGUGUAUUGGUGCCCAUAG